AUGGAUGUGGAUUUCGAGGCGAACAAUCAACGAGUCGAAUUAUCUGGGAGCGAUGCCGGCGCUGAUGGAGAGCCGGGCCCAGGUUUUAUGGUUGAUACCACGUCAGAGGAACAAGGCGCCGCUGCGAAGUCCGUUCUAUCCGAGGGUCACGCUCACGGGAGUGGUGUUCAGUUUAACACGAAAAUAUUCGAGCAGACCCCAACCACGCACUCCACCACAGCCGGCCUCGAGCAGCCUGUGCAGUCGAUGAAACCAUCUAAAUCCGUGGACGAAUCUCGAGACGGCGAUAUGUUUUCUCGAAGCGAAGGGCUUUCACCAGAGAGUGUAGACUCAGAUGUCGCGUUCGAUAAUACCAUGGCAAACGAACGUGCAGCAGAAGCGACAAGACAAGCAAUACUCAACAGAUUGAACAAAAGGUUCGACGCUACUGCUGCUCGAGUCGAACGCAGGUUGAAAGAGGCUCGGGAUAUCCUGCAGCAGGGAGCAGUAUUUGAGCACGAAAAGAGCAGGCGCCUACAGCACGCCAGCAAAGAAAGAUACUUGAAAGAAAAUGGGAUGAAGGGCAACUUCUCCAUGUGCAGAGGUGGCUGUGACUUCGGAUGUCCUCGUCCUAUAACGAAGGAAGAAAAAGAGCGCAGUCUAGCAAGAGGACGCGCGCUUCGGAAGAAGGAGGAGGACGAGAAAGCCAUGCCACCUCCCCCAAAAAGAUUCCUCUCACCAGUAUCAGAAGCAUGUCUGCAUCCGCAUGAGUACCAUGAGGAUGAUUGUGGAGAGCUUCCGGAGUUGUGGCUUCGCACGUACAAAACGCAGAUGUUGCUUGCGACGGUUUUUGGCAUUGAGGGGUUGCCGUUUCAGGGGUUGCUGCGGAGUGGAGACGAGGAAGUACAAGAGAGCCCGGCGAGUCCGAAUGAAGAUCUUGAUGAGGAAGAGAAAGAGGAGAAAGAGAGCUCGGAGAGUCACGAGAAUCCGAUUGGAGAUCCUGGUGAGACGUGGGAAGACGCGGGUAAUGUGGAGUCUCUGAACGAUCUGACGGAGGGGUUAUUCGGAGACCUAGAAGACUUGUCGUCUACAUCUGCUGGGCUUUCUGCAGAGUCAACUCCAUUCGACUUGGACGCAAUCAUGGAGAAGGAGAAUCGAGAAGCGCCUGUUUCCACUGACACGACACUGACAACUGAACAAGAAGCAUCAACACCAGCUGCACAGGAUAGCUCUUCGGUGGCUAGGAAGAGGCAGGCAGAUGAGGAGAUUGGGAAUGACGCGAAGAAAAGAAAAGACUCGGGCCAAGAUGAGGAAGAUGGAGACGUGGAAGGUGGUGGUGAGAUUCAGAACUGUAGCCCACAUAAAGAUAAAUUCUUCGAGGACAUCGAGACGCUUGAGGCCUGCAAUAUCUGUCUCGACACCUUCAAUGAUGAGCAUGUGCCGGCUGCGCAUUGGGUGCACAACAUACACGAUUACGCCCACGCGCGGACCUUCACUGAAGAAAUGUGGAAUCGUGCCCACUUCACGUUAAGCACGCAUGGUCGCGAAGACAUAUACGAAGAGGAUGUUGAGCUCACGGUGAAAUGGGCACUUGGUAGCACUGCGUCCGGGCAUGCCGGGGCAUUCCCUGGAGGUCUGCACAUUGCGGAUGCGAAUUGGCGCAAGAUUUUGGACGUGUGCAAGGACAUGUUCCAGUGGCAUGAUAUACAUUUUCAAUCUGCACGGCUGGCAGACGACGACUAUUACAACAUCUGGCUUCCGAAGAUGAUGAGCGUUUUCGAUUGGCGGCUUACCACAAACGCAGAACCAGACUCUUCAACAAUCAAGCCCUGGCCUCUGCGCUUCAUUGACAUGCUGAUUGGGCUCUUCGAAGUUUGA